CCCCACUUCCCCAAGGGGGUACCCAGCUGCACUUACCUCCCCCUCAAGGCUGCUGCUGCUGUGCUUGCUCCCCUUAGCCAAGUUGUGCAUGAUGGGCACCAGGGCAAAGUCAGAAGGAGACCGAAUGCAUUUCAACAUAAAUGGCAACCACAAAAUUGUACAUUGGCUCCCGGCCGGCCUGGGCCAGGGCCAAGGCAGCGGGGGCCGUUCCCUCACUGUUUCCAGGAUGGCUUCACGGGCCACAUGAAACCACUUCGCGGGCCGCAUUCGGCCCCCGGGCCUUGGGUUUGACAUAUCUGCUUUAGGGCAUUUCCUCCUGAUCUUUCUGUGCCACAGCUGCCCGCAGAGAAGUGCAGAUAGACCAUUCCAGCCCAUGGAGGCUACUCUUGGCUUGGUCCUCCGGCCUCCGUUCAAAAAAACCUCCCAAUUAAUUAAGGGGAGGAAGAGAACCAAAAAAAAAUUGUGCAAAAGAGGCGUGCAAGGCCGGUCCGAUCUUCUGCACGAUGGCCGCCAUGGGGGGGAACGUUUGGCCGCUGAUGGGUGGAAGAUGGGCCGGUCUUGGCACAAGCUGCGGGUGACUUAUUAUGCUGCUUUCUCGGAGGUGUAAAGUCCGCCUGGCCACGUAAAAAUCCGGGCCAGAUCUGGGCCAGAUCGCUUUCUGGCUUGUGGCUAAGGGAUCCGUGCAGAUGGUGGUUGAUGAUUAGCCAACGUUUGCACACCUUGCGACAGGUUAGCAAACCAGCUUCGGCUGCGUCUCCCCGCUCGCCUCUUCCUGGGUGCUCCGGAUUCGGACAGGAUCAACUUAUUUCUUCCCUUGACACCUGCCGGGCUGGGCAAGAUUUUGGAGAGGGAAUUGACAAUCCAACCAUUAAUCCGAGGGAGAAUUUUGCCCUGGUUUGUUGACUUCCCAGCAGCCUUGCAGAUUAGGAGGGGAGAAAAGGGGAUUCCCCCCUCAUGGGCUGGGUUCGGAAGGCAUGGCGAGAGAAGGGUUGGCCAGUCGGGGCCUGUUUACCGACGUCUCCUAGAGUGAAGUUGCGGUCGCCAAAACGUUCUCCAGGCCGUCUGCAGCCAGAAGGUUACCUGGCCCAUGGACAAGUGGACAGUUAUCUUCUAACCGGUGGGAUGGAGAAGACAGUCUCCGAGGAGGAGACCCAGCCACUGCCCUACCCGAAGGGGUCUUUGGACUGCAAAGAUGGAAGUGAUUGCACGGAGGACAGACAUCUGCUGGACAAGACCGCCAGGCCAACCUUGGAACUGACCGACGGGGUCCAGAAACCCAACACCAGCUACGGGGAGAACCGGGCCACCAGUCCAGUGUCCAAUGGGUUUUCUGGAGCCCAGAGCCCGCUCGGUGCUGGCAAGAUGGCAGCAGACAGCCAGGGUCUUCCCUCUGGACCCUCCACUACCCUGCCUACCACCGCCCUCUUCGGGGUGGUGGGACCCCAACCGCCCUUGACGGAACAGCGGGAGAGGGAAACCUGGAGUAAAAAAAUAGACUUUCUUCUCUCCGUCAUUGGCUACGCGGUGGACCUGGGCAACGUGUGGCGUUUUCCAUACAUAUGUUACCAAAAUGGAGGAGGGGCCUUCCUCAUCCCGUACACAAUCAUGGCCAUCUUCGGAGGGAUCCCUCUCUUCUACAUGGAGCUGGCGCUGGGCCAGUACCACCGCCACGGCUGUAUCUCCAUCUGGAGGAAGGUCUGCCCCAUCUUCAAAGGCAUCGGCUUCGCCAUCUGCAUCAUCGCUUUCUACCUGGCCUCCUACUACAACACCAUCAUGGCCUGGGCCCUGUAUUACCUGAUCUCCUCCUUCGGCCACGAGCUGCCCUGGGUCAGCUGCACCAACGCCUGGAACACCCCGAACUGCCUGAGCUACUUCUCCAAUCGGAGCAUCGCCUGGACGGCCAACGCCUCUUCGCCCGCCGAAGAAUUCUAUACGUAAGUGCAUGUAAGUCGAAAGAGGGAC